AUGAGCUUUCGCGGAGGAAAGGGAAAGCGCGGCGGUCACGACCUCGACCUCGGUCCGACGCACGCGCGGCCGGGCGGGGGCGGGAUACUCGUGGUCAGCAACCCGCCGUGGGGGAAGAGGAUCGGCGGAGACACCGGCGGAGAGACCGGCGGCGGCGGGAGGAGGGGCGCGGCCGCGAGAGGCGGGGACGCGCUGUACGGCGGCGACGACGCGGAGUAUGAAGACGCGGACGGCGGGGUCGGCGGCGGUCGCGACGGCGGCGGCGCGGGAGACGGCGACUGGGAUGAGAGCCUCGGCGAUCACGAUUUAGAUUCCGACGCCGCCGCGUCGUCGUCGUCGUCGUCGCGAGACACCGGAAACGUCGAGGACGCGUGGAGCUCUCUCGGGGCGUUUUUCCGCCGCGAGUGCGGCGGCGCGACCGCGCACUUACUCUGCGGCGACGCGGACGCGACGCGGCCGCUGCGAAUGAAGGCGCAGCGGAGGAGGGUGAUGGGCGUCGGCGGCGUCGACUGCCGCGUGUUGGAGUACAGAAUCUUACCGAAAAAGCCGGAGGGCGGCGGACUGGAAGAGCUCGCGAAGAGCGCGCGCGCGGCGGAGGCGAGAGAGAAGGAGGAGAAGAAGAAGAGAGUUCUCGCGGGGGACGACGACGAGGAGACGCGCGAGGACGACGCGGAGGCGGGCGCGGCGGUGGAGGACGCGAAGAGGGCGAAGACCGCCGCCGCCGUCGCCGAGGCGCCGCCGCCGUCGCGGGAAGACGAGGGAAGAAAAGCCGCGGAGGAGGAGGAGGAGGAGGAGGAGACGCCGCGACCGUUCGUCGGGCGGUGGGAGUGA